CUACUCUUGUGGGAAAUGUCUGAAAUAAUCGAAAAUUCGAGAGUGUACAAAAUUUCAAAAAAUGAUAUUAGAUUGUUAAUGCAAAAGAGAGGUGAUGAAUUGUUGAAAAUUCUCCCAAGGAAUGCGUAUGGACUUGAAUCUUAUUUGUAUGAUCUUGCCAAAAACUUAAAUAAAAUUGAUUUGAAAUUGAUUGACAAUAUUUUACAAGUUUUAAAAGAAGCUUGCUCCAAGCCCCCUACGGGGAUGCAGGGAUUGUUAAGAAAAUAUCUAAGAUUAUUGAUGGACUGCGAAUCCUUUUUGUUUGUCUUGAUUCCAAGUGCUAUCGGUAAACUUUUUGAAAAGAAACACAAAGAAAUCAAUUUAAUUUUGUUCUUAAGAAAUUAUAUUUUUAUCUUGCACAAUAUUUUAAAAUAUUAUCCUUGUUCGAAGAUUGUAGAUGAAGCUUUUCCUCGGGUGCAGAAUUAUAUGAAUAGAUUGAACGAAACAAAAUCAGCUCCUGACGAUAUUGCUAAAGAGUUUUCUCAACUUAAAUUGGCUGUCGACAACUAUCAAAAAGAGACCAACUCGAGUGAUGACGAGGCUGAUGCAGAAACGUUCCGCGAACUUUCUGUUGUACCCAAGUACAAUGACAUUGUGAACUGUGAGCUAUCUGAUGUCCCCAUAAAUAUAAUCGACAGACCAUAUAAAAGUGUGAGUCAUUACCUCAGUGUUCAUUUUCGCUUGAUGCGAGAAGAUAUGCUCCGUAAAUUUCGGGAAGUUGUUCAAAUAUGCAUUGAACGUGGUAGUUCACCUCAGAAUCAAGAAGAUUUUAAUCUGUAUCAGAGCGUUUCAAUCGGGUUUCCUCCAAAAUACACAACAAGAGGAAUCAUGUAUGAUAUCCAACUGUCUUCGUCUAAGAAAGUUAACUGGGCUAGCAAACAGAUCCUGACUCCUGGUACUUUAUUGUGUUUUACUGCAGACUCAUUUCGGUCGGUAGUUUUUGCUUCAGUGUCCACUGGUCCCAAAAUGAGCAGCAGUAACGUCAAAGAGGCUCGUUUGACCAUUAAGUUGGAGGACGACACGUUCCUAGAUGAACUCUCCGAUGAAUCUUAUCUGAUAAUAGAGCCCAGUGCCUUUUUUGAAUGCUACAAACAUGUACUGUAUUCAAUAAAAGAUUUUUCCGAAGCAAAUUUUCCGUUAGCCGAUAUUAUUGCAUACCUUGACUUUGAGAACCCUGAGCCAGAGUAUCUGAAGGACUCCGAUUAUGAAUUUUGUCUGCAUGAAUGUUGUGAGAAGGAAACCGAAAACGAUUUGCAUCCCUGCAAAAAUUUCAAUCCUCUCAAAUUCGAUGAUUGGCCAUCUGCUGAGGAGUUGAAACUUGAUGAGCAGCAGUUUGAAGCUUUUCGAGUUGCUCUUACGAAUAAGGUAGCUGUGAUUCAGGGCCCUCCUGGCACAGGCAAAACAUAUAUAGGAGUGAAAAUCGUUAAAGCUCUGUUGGAUUGUGUUCCUUUCAAACCCAUUGUGAUUUGCUGUAUGACGAAUCAUGCGUUGGAUCAGUUCCUGGAACGUAUCCUUCAACAUACCGAAAAAGUGGUCAGAUUAGGGGGUCAAAGUCAGAGUGUCACUCUUCAACCAUAUGUGUUGAGCUCGUAUGAAAUGGCCAUUAGAAAAUAUCGUGAGUGCGAUGGUAAGUACAAAAUUACUGACAAAUUAAUCAAAAAGUCCAUAAGUUUGUUAGAAAAAAUGUGUCCAUUUUUGUUAAAUUCGAAAGCGGAAAGUAAUAAAAGCGAGGAGGAGCAAUUACUUGCACUCCAAAUAAGAGGACUGUGCAGGCAAUUAAAUGAAAACUAUAGUAUUUUCUGUCUAUGUAAGGAAAAAUAUUUAGAUGAAACUGCUUUGAAUCACAUUAUUCCUUCUGAGCAAAAGGAUGAACUUUGUAAAGGAUCUGCUAGUCAUGGAAAAUUAUUGGCUUUAAAAAUGUUAGAAUGGUUGUGCCAGUCCCGUGAUAAAGUUCUUUACGAAGAGUGCAAAAAACGUUUCUCUAAACAGUCGACAAAACAAAAGUCUUCCAAUAAUAGUGCUGAAAACCGGUUAUGGAGUUUAACUUUAACUGAAAGAUUUCGACUGCUUUACAUCUGGAGACAGGAAUGCUUGGAAAUUCUGAAAAAUAAAAUAGCUGAAAACUUAACGCUUUAUCAAGAACUGCUGCGAAAGCGUGGAAGGGAAAAUGGUGAGGACCCAAUAAUUAUGCAAUGUGCUGACGUAAUAGGAGUUACGUCAACUGGUGCUUCAAAAUACAAAGAUUUAAUCAGGCACUGUUACCCGAGGAUUCUUAUUGUGGAGGAAGCUGCAGAAGUAUUGGAAGCACACAUUAUCGCAGCUUUAGUCCCCUCUGUGGAACACAUGAUUCUCAUUGGAGAUCACAAGCAAUUGCGACCUUUGCCUGCCGAUAACGACUUAAGUGAGAAUUAUAAUCUAAAAAUUUCUAUGUUUGAGAGACUGUUUGAAAAUAAAGCCCCUUCAGCAACUUUAGUGUCUCAACACCGGAUGAAACCGUGCAUUGCAGAGCUCUUGGUGCCAGGAAUUUAUGAUGAGCUGAAAAGUUAUGAAAAUGUGUAUGCGUACGAAGACAUUAGAGGUUUUGCAUCUAGCAUGUAUUUUCUCAAUCACAAUGAAUUUGAAGAUACCCACUCAUCUGGGAAAAGUUCUUCGAACAAGUACGAAUGUAGAUUAAUUAUUAGUUUAGCAAAGUAUCUUCUUGCGCAAAGUUAUUCAAAUGAUAAAAUUACGAUUCUGGCGACUUAUGCCGCUCAAGUUGCACUUAUAGGAAAAGAGUUAGAAGCUGAGAAACUUGAAAUUAAGGUCACAACGGUUGAUAAUUAUCAAGGAGAAGAAAAUGAUGUUCUUCUAAUAUCAUUUGUGCGAAGCAAUUUUUCAAUGAUUGGUUUUCUCAAAGAAAGUAACCGGGUGUGCGUCGCACUAUCUCGAGCAAAGUUGGGAAUGUUCUGUGUUGGAAAUUUCAAACUGUUUUCUAGUAAAAGUCCCUUGUGGAGCGGAAUUCUUGAAAAACUUGAAUCAAAUAAUAUGACUGGAGACACUAUCCCUUUGCAGUGCAACCGCCAUAAAAUUCCUAAACAUGUAAGAAGUCCCGAGGAAAUACUUGCUUUUCUAAAUGACGGUUGUCGGGAAAAAUGUAGUUACAAACUUCCUUGUGGACAUGAAUGCGAAGAAUCCUGCCAUUUUUAUGAUCCUGAGCAUUUGAAAUAUUAUUGCAAAAAGCCAUGUGAGAAAUACAUCGACGAAACCAGGAUUUGCCCUCGACUAUGCUUUCAACCAUGUAAGAAAUCGAAAAAAUAUGUUUUUGAACUGCCGUGCGGGCAUGUUUCUUCCGGAAGAGAUGGAAAUAUUUCUGUUGAGAAUAUCAAGUGCAUGGUAGAAGUACAAACACGCUUACCUUGUGAUCAUGUUGCCACUUUGCCCUGUUUUGUUGAUGCAAGUAGGCAUCAAUGUGAAAAAUUAGUUCGGGUUACUCUUUCAUGUGGCCACACAAAGCAAGUGGUUUGUUCGAAAAAAGAUAAUUCCCACCACGUGUGUUUCGAGUCGGAGCAGAAAGCAGGUCCCUGUGGCCACAUCGUUUAUGUGCCUUGUAGCUUGAGUCUACAAGAUUAUGAAAUCGUAGCUUUUUGUGAAAAAAGUUGUGAUACUCUUCUGGAAUGUGGGCAUGAAUGUCUGAGUUACUGCCGGGUUUGUUAUGACACUGAAAUUCAUGGUUUGUGUUCUUUGAAAUGCGAGAAUAAGUUAUCGUGUGGGCAUGACUGCUCUCGUCCUUGCGGAAGUCCGUGUGGUAGUUGUGAAGAAAAAUGCUUUCUGUCAUGCGUGCAUCAGUAUUGUAUCAACAAAUGUUUGCGACCGUGUGUGAAGUGCGAAAAAACAUGUGAUAGGGUAUGUAAACAUGCAAAAUGUGAUAAAUUGUGCUUCCAAGACUGCUCCGUGGAAGCAUGUGUUCAACCAUGUGAUGAAAUUUUACCGUGUGGUCAUGUGUGCUGUGGCCUCUGUGGCGACCCAUGUCCUAACCUCUGUCGGGUUUGUCACAGAAAUGACUUUGAGUCUGGCGAUCCGGAUACGGACAAGUAUGUCAUGCUGCAUGAUUGUCAGCACGUUGUUGAAGUUGAUUCUUUGACGGAACACAUUGGUGAGUCAUUGGAACUGCUUCAAUGGCCCUGUUGUCCAGUUUGCUCGGCAGUCAUAAAAAGAAGCCAGCGGUUUAAAAGUGAUCUGAAUCAAGCCAAAAGAUUUUGUAUCGAAAGCAAUGAUACAGAAAAAGACGUAGAAGAUAUGAAAUAUAAUUUGAUUUCUAUGUAUGGAGAUGAUAACAAUGUUCCCGCUCGCUUCCAAGACAUUCACCAACAAAUCAAUAAGAUUUUUUAUCAAAAAGAGUUAGGUGUAGACGUGGUUUACAUCUUGAGAGUUUGUAUUGAAUGUCUAGGUAAAAUGGUAAAACUCAGUAAGAAAUAUGAUGAUUUGUCAUUGCAUGACAGUGAACUAUUUGAUACUUUGUUCCUAUGGAUUUUUAAGCAUUUGACUAGUGCAAGUUACGAACAACUUACUGCAGUAGAAAAAGCCACUGAAAAGUUGUAUGCCAAAUACUUAAGUGAACAACCGUCACAAACAAACAAAUUUAAGGGUUCCUCAUAACAUUCUCGACUCGUCUUUUCUUAACCGUUUUAUAAUUUUGAAUUGGUUUGGAAAAUACUUAAACUUGUUUAAAUUAUUACUUACUUGUUUUAAUGUGCCAAUUUUAUGUCAUGUUUGAAUUAAAUGAAAAAAAAAAGUUUGUCUUUUUCUAAAUUUCUGUCAUUUGUAUCUAUUAAUAAAUUUUUCCGU